CGCAUUUUCUCCCAGUGCACUUUAGAUAUUGCUCGACGCCUCAUUUCUUUCGCGAUUAGAAUGGCCUUCCCGCCUUCGCUGUGGCCCUCCCGGAUAUUCGACCAAAACUUUGGAAUGUGCAUCACUCCAAAUGACUUCCUAUUCCCCUUCUACACCACCUACAAAAACUACUAUAGGCCAUGGAAAUUCACUUCACAAAGCGUCGAUAAGGACUUUGGCUCAACAAUAAACAAUGAAAAGGAAUCAUUGAAGGUAACAUUGGAUGUGCAACAUUUUCGGCCUGAUGAACUAAGUGUUAAAGUGGCAAACAAGCAAAUUAUCGUCGAAGGAAAGCAUGAGGAGAGGAAGGACGAACACGGUUUUGUAUCCAGACAUUUUAUGAGGCGUUAUGCUUUGCCAAGCAAUUGUAUGCCGGAAGAUGUUAUUUCAAAAUUGUCGUCAGAUGGUAUUCUCACUGUAGUAGCGAAUAAGUCGAAAGAAUUGCCGAAAAACGAACAAAUUGUCCCGAUAACGUUAUGUAAACCAUGUCCUAAGAAGGAAGAAGGAACUAAAUCAGUCAUUAACACAGAUCAAAAAGACACAUCUGCUGAAAUUAAGAGAGAAGAUCUUAAUAAAAAUAAUACACAAAUCAUGUUGAAGGAAGACCAUUGUUGUCUGUUAUUAAAACCUGAAUUACUUCGGGAAGCUGCUUCAGAAAGUUCCGAAACAAUAGAGAAAAAAGAAAAGGUAGAUCAAGACAAACUGAAAACUUGCCAAAUAGGAAAAAACACAUCCGAAAUGUUGGAACAAACUUUUGCCCAGGCUAAUGCUGCUGCAUUAGCUUCAGAUGAAAAGUGUGAAAAAAUGUAUAAAUCAGCUUUGUCAAAAUCAGAAAUAGUCGAACAAAAAACAAGAGCAACUACUUCAGAUUCUGGGCUUUCUGGGGAAAGGACAAGUGCAGCAAUGUCUCCAUCUGCUGAAAAGUUGGAACAAACAUUUGCAAAGUUGAGUGAGACAUCAGAAGAAAAGUUUGAUCUGUUUGAUAAUACAAUGACAAAAUCAGAAGAAAUGUUAGAACAAAAAUUUGAAAAAUCAAGUGCUGCUAUGUCUGAAAAAGCUGGUUAUUCUAGAAUGACCAAGUCAGAAAUGUCAGAGGUCACUAGCACCUCUUCGGUGUCAGAAUGUAUUGAAAGUUCAACCAGUUAUAAGGCCUCUAUGACUUCUAAUAUACAAGAGAUUAGUGAAGAGUUAAGUGACUUUGUAUGUGACAUCUUGUCAUCUGAACUGGAUAAAACUCUAGAAAUUAAGAAAUAAUCAAAUUAAUAUAGAACUAUUA